GCCUCCCGGCCCGGCCCGGCCCGGCCCGCGGUGCGGGACGCAGACUGCGCGCGCCCGGAGGCCCCGCGCCCGCACCUGACUCGCGCGCGGCGGGGGCGCGGAGGGGCGGGACCAGGCCCGAGUGGGUGGGGCCCCGAGAGCGCGGGCCAAUAGGAGGCCGGCGCGCCUGCACCUGCCCGGCGCGCUCCGCCUUCCCGCGCGUGCCCGUAGAGCCACCGCGGCCUUGGGGUCGUGUCCCGGCGUCCCCGCGGGGGCGCUCGCCUCCGGCGCCGGCGGUCUCCGCUGGGUCCCGCCCCCGGCUGGCCCGCCCCGGGGGAUCUUCGGCUCACGGGGCUGGCGGAGUGGGGCGCGCUCCCCGAGACGCCAACUGGGGAUCCCGGGAUGGCUGAGGCCAGAGGGCGCUCCCUGCACUCGGCCCGCGGCUCCCAGGAGGCUCAGGCCUUAUCCGGCCUGGAUCCCGCAGGCCAGGGGCCUUGGCUGGGUUAAAGGCCCCGGAGAGGAGGGGCAACCUCGGGACCAGGACAAGAGGGUUGGGGCGUCAGCGCCCCAGGCCCACGGUGCGGAGGUCUGAGGUUCUGGGCUCUGCGCAGUUCCGGGUGCUGGAGCCCUCGGGGUCCUCCAGGUCGGCCCCCCCCCACGGACACCUCCCGCGGCGGUGAAGGGGUGAGCACUGAGAUGCUACUGCAGGCGGCACUUAGAACCGGCAGCCUCCAUUAUUCUGUAGCAAUUUGUGGCUAUAAAAAUCAUGUUUCUGAUGCAGCCACCAAAUCAUCCCGCGCUUCUGUCGACUCUCCAAAUCUCAGGUAUGUUGGUAGUUGGGAAAUUACAGCUUUUACCGCGUUGGCUCUUACUGAGAGUAAUUUUAACAAACCCUCACAGGAUAGAUUAGUGGUUAGUAGAUAAAUCAAGCUCAGUAUUUUUUCCCAAUUUGUAAAAUGGAGAUGGCAGCUUCGCACAGAGCGAAUUUAGGAUUCUGGCUCACACAAGUGUGUAUUUGCUAAAGCCUGUACUUUGAGGCUCCAGAGUACUGAGGGCAUAUUUCCAUUUCCCAAGGUCUUUUGAUUUUCCUCUACAGAAUAAAUAUGUAUUCCAUUUUUUCUCAGUGUAUUUUCUGCCCUCUUUACUCAUCAAAUCCACAGAGCUCAAAUAUACUUGUUGACCAUGCAAUGCUUUUACAACUAAAAGUGGGGUACAGCUUAAAUGUCAUUGGAACCCCUCUUCAGCUGAAGUAAAACCCACUUACACCAAGAACAUCAGGGAAAAGGUUCCCCCAAGUCGCCCCAGUACCCCCAAGGGCUCUGUGUUUGAGGCCCUGUCCAUGGUUUCUGAGAAGUGGGCACCCAGCCUCAUCCAUCACAUCCUAAAAAGGCCCUCGAAUUUGCCAGAUCGCUCUUGGCAGAGCCUUCCUUGUGCUGCCCGAUGUCUGCCUUCCUGGACAUUGCCCCAGCUGUACCCUGCCCCGUCCUGGCCUCUCACACAGUUAAGGCCGCGGCUGCAUUUGGAGAUGCUCAUAUCCCCUAGAACCUUCUGCUCUCUGGAUCCUGCAUGGCCGUGCCCUUUGGUGCUGACUCCCGGACUCGUCCACAGCCCUCCUGCCUUUUGCUGAAUGGAGCUGGCCUUCCAGUGCCCCACAGUUGAGGUCUGAUUCAGAGUUUGUUUCACUCUGGGGCCUUGCCGGUGGGGCCGGAUGGGAGCUGUGUCUCCCACGGCUCCCUCUACUAAUGCAGGUGACAAAGACAAGCCCAGGUGCAAGUGCAGGCCUAGCUGGAGUAACUUAGCAAGACUCUAUCAAAAUUAAAAAGGGGUCAGAGAUACAGCUGUGUACAAAGGCACUGGGUUCAACCCCAAUACCACAAGCAAGGAAGGAAAGGAGGAAGAAAGGAAGAGCUCAGCUGUGGUUACACACUGUGAGCUGGCAGCAAGUCCCUCAUUUAUUCAUUCAACAUGUAUUUCCUGCAAUGCUGGGCCCUGAGAGACAUCAGAAGUGGCCACAGCAGGAGGUGCCAUGGGGCCUUCAGAUCUCCUGGCAGCCAGACUCAUUACCCAGGUUUCCGUAGAGCCCCACAUGCAGGCCUGCCCUGGACAUGCCACUCGGAGAGGGGCCGGGCCUCUCCAGGAGCUGUGGGAGGCCACAGGAAGGGACCCACAUGCUCAGGAGGUCAAGGAGGCUCUGACCCAAGAAUCUAAGGGAUACAGCUCAGUGCUAAGGAUGAGCCCCUUAGUGACGCUGCCCAGCUGUGUGGCUUUGUAGGGAGCCAGGCAGGUAGAGAGACACCAAAUCAACCCAUUAACAGGUUUGGUGGCUUUGAGGGAGAGAAGGCAGGCAGAUCCCCUGCCGAGAUCUGUAAGCCUGCAUGGCACAGGAGCUAGGACCACAGUGGGUGGCAUGAGCAGAGGCCCCAGGGCACCUUCGGCCACACUGCACACCACGCAGCCCCUUGUUGCCACAGUGCUUUCCGCACUCACCGUGCCUCCCUGAGACUCGAUGGCACCUUGGUUGUCAGACUCCAGGCUCAGGCUGAGCAAAAUACAACACACCAACAAGAACUUUGAAAGACCCAUGCAUUUUUCACACAUUUCAACAAAGCAUAUUCUUUAGAAAUAUUCAGUUUAAUGCCCAUGUUCUGUUGAAGGUAAAGAAGUUACUCCAACAUAGACAAGCUGCUAAUGGCACCUUUUCUCCACUUUUCCCCAAGUAGCCUUCCCUACAUCUGUGUAGACUGUGCCACCAGGCCAUAAAGUAGCUACCCUGCCAAGGUGUGUCUCUGGGUCACUGCCAAGGACCCCACUGUCUCUCUGCAGAUCUGGGUCCUCCUUGGCCCUGGACCUGCUUAUUUGGGUCCCUCCCAUCCUUCUAGGGAUUGGCCAAUUACCAUCUCCUGCCUAUAAUUGCGUUCAGGUUACAGAUAUGAAAAACAUGAAAAUCCUAAGAUGUGGCAAAGCUAGCAACUUCAAGGUCCUCUUCUGCCCUGGUCCACACACAGUUCUUUCUGCUGUAACCUACAGCCUUGGCAGAGAGGUCGGAUGCUGGAGGCUGAGUGGGCAGAGGCUGGGGGAAGGGGGUGGAGACCCAUGCUUGCCCCCUGCAGCUCAGACCCAGCAUGGCGUCACAGGGGUGGGCAUACACUUAGCACUGCCCCACACACUCUGAGGACCUCAUACCUAUGGAAUACUUGCACUGUGGGUAAGUGAUUGUUUCCGUGGCAAUUGAGCUUCCUGAUUUCCACAUAUUUAACCCAGUAUUUUUUUUUUAAAAAGAAGUUUUCAGGCUAUAAUUCUGUUCUCAGCAUUACAUUUGCAUAAAGUUGUUUAUGUAUUGCCCUUGGUGUCCCCAUGUCUGUGUGGUUCCUGUCAUUCGUGUUUAUGGUUUUGUAGCUCCGAUGCUGUAAGAUGAGCCCUGGUCUCCUUGCUGGCCAUGAGGCAAGCUGCCCUGCACAGACAUGGUAACCUGGGAGCAUGUGUCAUCCUGGGCAGUGAGGAAAACCUGCAGGUGGGUCAGAAAGAGCUGAAAUUCUGUGAAGUUGCACCAUUAAGUUGAAUUCUGAAAAUUAAGAAUUCAUCCUGUCAUCCAGACAGCAGUUUUAAAUUUAGCAAUAAAUUUAUAUAAAAUAAAACUCACCCAGAUGUGUGGAGGUGCCAGGCUUGGCUUGUAGAAAAUCAAGUGCUGGGAGCCUGUCAGGCAGGGUGCAGGGACAUGCAGGGGCCCGCUGUCAUGGGGUGCUGGGGAACAGAGAGGGACCUCGGGUGGCAGGUGUACCCACCUUUCCAGAGCUGGGGACUCCAAGAGCUUUCUCCGUAAAGAAACCAUAAAUGUUUGAGGAAAUGGAUGUGUUCACACUGAUAUAAACACCACACCAUGCAUGCAUACAUCAAACCGUUCCACAGCACCCCAUGAAUGUAUAAUUUUUAUGUUUUUAUGUAUCGAUGGAACAGUAAAUAUAAAAAAUAUUAAAAAGCAAACAUCUCCCAAAAAAGGAAAUAAAUAUCCUAUGAUAUAUGUUACAUUUACUUAUACAUAAUUUUCAUUCCUGGUAGCCACAUUGAAACAAGUGUAAUGGAAGUUUUUUUUGUUUUGUUUUUUUACCUUUUUUGAGACAGGGUCUCACUAUGCAGCUCAAGCUGGCCUUGAGCUCACUUUGUAGCACAGACUGGUCUCGGACUUGCAACAGUUCUCCUGCCUCAGCCUCCUGAGUGCUGGGAUUACAGGCAUGGACUAGCCUGGCAGUGAAAGUAAUUUUGAUAAUACAUUGUUUUUUAGGCUGUCAAGUUGGAAAUACCCCAUCUUAGUGUGUGGCUAAUUCUUUAAAAGCACAGAGUUAAGUUUCCACUUUUUCACUCCGCAUCUCAGGAAUUCUCUGUGUGUGUCCUGGCACCCGUGCUGGUCUCUCUACUGUGCCCCACCUGAGAAUUAGGAGUGGGCUGACCAGGGCAGGGCCGGAAAUCUAUCCUGGGGAAGGCACAGGCUGGUUCUGCACUGUCACGUCACGUCCUGGGGUUGGGGCACACCUUGCUGUUCAAACUCUCCAACAGAUUCAGAGCAAGGCUGGCGCCCUGUGGGGCAGCGGCCACUUCUCAGCCAGGGGCUCUGUGGCCACACAGAGGUGGCUGGCUCCGCACAGGACCCCGGAAGUUUCCCUUCACUGCCCCUUCACUGCCUGGACAGGGCCACAGCUUCCAGGCUGGAGACCCCCACAGCAUUGGUCAGAAGCAGAGACUGUGCUGCUCUGUGCACUCUGCCUGGGCCCUGGGCCUCCUCAGAGGAGGUGUCUGUCCAUAGCCAGAGGGCAGCUUUGUUCCAGCCCAUUUGCUCUACAGUGGGACUGCUUGUUCCCACAGCCUUGCCUGAUUUCCAAGACCACUGUCCCCCAGAGCCCCGAAACUGCAUGCCUUCUGUUAUUGCCGCGUCCCAUCUGCUGGGCCCAGACUGGAAAUCCUUCCUGUGGACUGAGUCCAUGCCCUUGACUGCUCCAUUGGCCCCCCGGGCGCCCCCCUUGUCCUGGUUGCCCCUCCCUGCAGUUCCCUAGGUCACCACCAGCCUCUCCAAGGUCCUCACGCUGUCCCAGGCCGGCUUCCUAACUAACAUAGCAGUCCUGAUCCCGCAGAUCCCGCAGCUCUCUUCUGGAACCAAGGCUUUUGCUGCUCCCCGCCACUGCCCACACAGUGGAGUUCAACCCUUCCUUACAAGCAGGAGAGCCCUGGGUCUUCUCAUCAGGGUGCUCCAAGGGGCCCAGGACAUAACGGUGAUGAAAUCUGGAAUGGCUCUGGGUAAAGCAGGGGCAGAGGCCUCAGGACCUUCCCCCAAGUCUCCCAGUUCUGCCCCCACUGAACCCAAGCAGUCCCAGGAGCCCAGCAGAUCCUGUGCACAGCUGGGACUCUGCACCCUCGGGUUGGCAUUCAAGGCCCAGCAGAGGUUGGCUCACCCACCCCACAGAUGCUCCCCACACCCUGGAGACCCAAGCCACCAAGUCCUCAUGGGCCAGGCAUUCAGAGUUCUCCUGGCCAUGCAGCUCUGGGCAGGUGUGUCCUGCUCACACUGUCCCAGUUGCUCCUCUCAUUUGUCACCCAGGUUUGGCUUCUAUGUCACUCUGUAUGCAGAAGGACUUCCUUGCCGUGAGCUACCCAGAAAGGGCAAGCAGCCCCCGCUUCUCUGUCCCCCCCCAGCAUCCCCUGUGUCCACCUCUCCUGGCACUGUCACCUCUACCCCAGCCCAGAGCCCUGGGUAUAAAGGUGAGACCGCGUGUCCAUCCUGUCACUAGCAGAGGAAGAGCCACACAUGACUGUGACAAGCUCUGGGGGGCUAGUGAGCCCCGAAAGAAACCGGAGCCCUUGGGUCCUGUUGUGGCCCUGACCUAGCUCAGACUCAGAACCCAGCCUCCUUGGCCACUACUGCAGCACUCAAGUGCUUCCAAGGUCAGUGUGGACUGCAGCUGCCCAGCCCUGCCAUGGGCGACUGCUCCGCAGGGUGAAUGCAGAUGCAUUCACUAGGUCAAGACUCUCAAGUCCCUGGGGCUGAAGUGCCCUGUCCAGGACAGGCAAGACUCAGGAGCACUUGGCAGCAUGGGGCCGCUGGCAGGGUCUCCAGCUGCUAGGACACUGAGCUUUCACCCAUGGGACAGUGCCCUCUGUGACAGGAGGUGCCCUUUGGGACUGGCCAGAGCCAUGUUCAUCCACACAGUGUUCACACAGCUUUGUGGAGACGAUGCUGAACUCUAAGUGUUCCUGACCUCACAAAGCAGGUCCAUGUCAGACCUGGCUCAGCACUUUAAACAGUGCCAUCCCCAGUCUGAGUUACAAUCACAUACACGAAAGUGGAUAGAAACCCAGGGCUCUGCCACUGCAGCUCAGGCAGGUGCCACAUGGCCCUCAGGAUAUGGUGGCAGCACCCUCUGGUUUCCCCUGACCAGGAUUUUCUUAGCAGGACUCAGAAGCUCUGGGACCCUGACAGAAUCAUAUGGAUUCUGUUCAACCUAGUCAUAGCCAUCUCGCAGCGCAGCCCCAUGCAGUUCCUUGCUUCCCAGGGUUCCCCAGAAUACUGAGAUCAAUUCAUGGAGUGUGUGCAGCAUCAGAGCCAGGGCCCUGUGGCCUGGAUGCCAGAAAAAGCUUGAGUCCUCGAUGUCAGCUUGGGAAAAGCCAGGGACAUUCGUACAUGGAUGGCAUCACUUUGGCGUCACCCUCCUCAUGAAUUCCUACUUCCGACCCAAAUCACAGGAUGCCCUGGCUUUGCCACACCCAGGGCACUGUCACUAGGUCCCUGUAAACUGCCCAGUGUAGCUUAGCUCUGCCCAUCUCCUUCUGGGUCACUCAGCACCAUGGAGCCAGUUCUCAGCCUCAGGGAGUUCUGCAGUGUGGACCCUGAUCUUAACCACCAGGCUCUCUCUCCCCACUUCUCCAGGGUCCACAGGACUUGCAGACUUGCAGAGCCUGACAGCCUCUCCUCCCUAACAGCCUUUUACCUAAACUGUUUCAGGGUCCCUUAAUUUUUUCCUAAAGGGAUCUGUGGAAAAGUUUGCAAGCCUGUAUAUUAAGUCUUAAAACUUUUAACCAAAGCCUAGCAAGACAUGAAAAUGACACCUACUCACUGCCUGUACGGCACCCACGUCCAGACCAUGGGUCAGGGACAUGGAGGAGCCUGCCAAGGUUACAGGGCUCCAGCGUGUUUCCUGAGCAAAUCUGAAGCUUUCCGGUUAGAGCUGGGGCCCUCAGCAAGCAAGGAGUCUCACCACCCCGGGACAGUGAGGUCGAGAACGCUAAGCAUGACGUCUGCAGGCCGUUGUUCACUGACCCUUCAGAAAGCUGCACACCAGUCUUGACUUCACGGCAGAAGGCUUAGUAGGGAAAGAUGAAGUCUUAUUCCUGCUGUUCUCAAAUUCAAAAGUAAAAAGGACUUGUGAGUGAAAAGGGAAUGAGAGUGCAGCCUGGCAUGGCUUCCACAGUCGCUGGGGUCUCAUCCCGCAGAGGGGAGGGUGGCGGGGAGCAAGGCGAGGGUGACAGCGACCCCAUCUGCUACCUCCCCCACAUUCGGGGCGCUGGGACUCAGGUUCAGACUCGGUGCCCGCUGGUUCCCACAGCCUCGCCUCACUGCCCCAAGUGCAUUGUGAAGUGGCCCAAGCGUCACAGGGGACCAGUCUGGCCGGGCGGGGGGCAGUAGUGUGGUGCGGACCCCGCAGACGCCAGCCUCCCGGGGAGGAUGCCGGGCCGUGACCCCUGGGCCCGCCCGCGUCCCCUUCCGCGCGCGCCCCCUGCCUCGCCGCGCGCGCCCCGCAGUUUGAGCCCCGCGGUGCACGGGUCCCAGCAGGGACGCGAGGUGGUCUGGGUGGCGCCUGGGUCCCAGCACCCUGCAGCGCGGCCCAACGCAGCGCCCUGCCCUGAGGACCCCGAGGCGCUGGCCUUGGUGCUGAACCGGCUCCUGAGAGCGCAGAGGGAGCACGAGCUGCAGCAGGAGGCGGCCGGGAGCACCCAGGGGCCAGCGACCCGCGACCGCCAGGCGCAAAGACAGCGGCGGUCAGAGCAGCGCCACAGCCCAGCACAGGGCGCCACUCCGGGCUACAAAGUGCGCGACCCGGACCUGGAGCUCCCGCCGAGCUCCCUCGCCAACGCCCGCGCCCGCCAGGUGCUGCAGCACUGCCGGGCCAAGGCCGAGGCCCUGCUCUGGCAGCUGUCGCUGGAGCAGAGUGCUCCGCUGUCCCAGGAGGUCCCCCAGGGCUGGGCCAGGGCGGAGCAGGUGGAGGGACAGCAGCUUCCGGCCAGGGCGCAGGGCCCCACUGGCAGGAGGACGCUGGAGAUGCAGCGAGCAGGCAGCUUGGAGCAGAACUGGCGCAGCCCCAGAUCGUGGGCUGAGGACGAGGAGGAGGAAGACGAGAGGGCCCACGUCCAAGCCAUCAAGAGGAAGGCACAGAGACUGGCGCAGAUCUCCGGGGCUGCGAUGGCCCAGGCCUGCAGUGCCAGGGCCCCCGGCCUGGGGCUUGGACAGGAGCAGGAGCCUUCUCAGCAGCAGCUGCGAUGUGAGGGAGAUCCAGGCCCAGCUGCGGGUCCAGCUGCUUCUGAGAAGAGACGAGGCCGGAGAGAAACUCGGGGCCACGUGGUUCCAGUUUGUAAUCUCAUAACUGAGCAUUGAUUUUUAAAAAGUAUAUAAAAUAGCAGCAAUUUCCUCUCACAUACUAGCUUAUUGAUUCAUCUGGGUAGUUU